GCAACAAAACACAACUCUCUUCCCGCUGACCAGUCCGCGAAUUGGCACCGCGACGCGCACACGCACUCGUCGCUUCGAGUGAAAACAUUAGAAAUCGUGAAAAUGUUCAAACUCCUUUGUGUUUCAAUCGUAACGGUGUGCCUUCAGCUUACGAGCGGGGGCGUUAUGAAGCCUGAUGACUCCAUCAAAUACCCUGGGCCUACUAAGGAUAUGCACGGCGUUCCGGACGAGUGCAAGGACCAGAAUUUCUGCACAAUAAAGCCGCCGGACUACCCUCAAGAACAUUUUGAUAAGAUGUUCAAGGGAACAAAGCUAGGAAAGCUCCCGAACCUGGUGUUGAACAACAGCAACGUAGAAUUCCCCAACAGACAGGGCGGGCCUGGCGAUGAGGACGAUUGCAGGACCACUGUCACGUACGAACCGUUAUACAAGGUGCGCACUAAACGCGGGGACUGGCGAACCGUCGUUCAGGCAGAACAAGAAAACUACGUACAGAAAGUGCGUUUGGAGACAUGCCUAAAACCACAAAGCAAAUGCUUCACCCGUUUCGGCGAGAUCCCAGGCAUCGAGACCUACUGUCGCCAGAACUACAACGACUGGGAGUUAGUCGUAUCAGACGGAAAAGGCGGCACGGAAACCGUCACAACCAGCCUACCUGUCUGCUGCUCUUGCCACUACAAGUCCGUGGACCUCGCCUCCAGGUUCGGGAAACCGAAAGAACAGAAAACACUAAUAGGAGGGUGAAAAAUCUUCGUUUUUACGUUGAGUUAACUAUUUUAUGUAAAAGUAGGACAAGAAUGAUGCUGAGUCCAGUUUGAUUAAAAUUGUUUAUAAUUUUCGCCUUGAAUGAUGGUCCCUCUAUGACAAUUCCUUCAAUUCUUUUUUAUUUGGGCUUACCUAUUUUAAGAAAUAAUUGAAGAAACAUGUUUUUACCGUAUUUUAUAACUUAAAUGUUACUAUACCCCCCUCUUAAAUGUCUCUAAAAUGGAUUAACCGUUUGAUUGCAAUUUGUAAAUGAUAUGUGAUAGGUACGAGUAGAAAGUACACCAGAGAUUGUUUGUUGAUAGGUCACCAGUGUGCUACUACAACUUUUGUAUCGGAUUUUAUAUUGUAAAUUUAAUGUCAUUCGACCAUUUAAUUAUCAGGGUAACCUCACAUAUGCCUACAUACAAUGAGGCCAAUAGGUAAUUACAAAAAGUAUGACUCGGUCUUUCGGCCAUAAUACCAUGGCUUUAAUACCUACCGUUAUUUUUGUGUUAGAUGCGUAACGUUAUUUGUUAUAACGUUAAAUAUUGAAAUAAUUUUGUGAUAAGUUGCUAUUUGACGUAGGUACCUACCUAGAUACUUAAACCUGCUUAAGACUCACCACAAGGGAGCUUGAUUCAUCGCAUAAGCAAUUAUAAUACCUACGUUUGCCAUACAUUCAAAUUCAAAUUUAAGCUACAUGUAAUUUAAGGAUUUUUAAAGUUUUUGCGUAUUUAUUUAUUAUGUCAUAGUUUACUUUACGCACGGGCUCACACGAGAGGACGCCCAGGAUCGCGCAAAGUGGAGAAAGGCUAGUAGGAAAGCGGACCCUGGCAAAGGCCGGGAUAGCGCUAGGUAGAAGAAGAAGAAGAGUUUACUUUACGCACUGGCAUGUGUCGCUUAACUUCAAACUCGGGUAAAUCCAUUCCACCUUCUCACAUGUUAUCACAAACAAUUGACAUAAUAGAAGUGCAUAGUAUUGACUUUUGCCACGAGAGUUGGUCCAAUUAUACGCGUCUAAUUUUUUCAGUUAUCUGUGAUUCAGAAUUUAAUUGUGUGUCAUGGAAAUAUUAUAUCAUUAUGUAUGUAUUAUGUAUGAUGACUACUCAUUUUUCUUGUAUUAUAUCAUUAAUAACUUUUGAUUGCGAAAAUCUCAUAUGUAAUCAAGUAAUCAAUAGAUUAGUGGUAGUGGUAUUUUAUAAGUAUGGACUCACGAUCUCAAUACCUAACGUAACAUUAUAAACAUAUUCGGUCCUCGUCCUGCCCACCAUACUUAGUUUUGCCAUUGAAAUUUAAACCAAAUUAUUUGGAAAAAAGAGUUGAUUUUCCUUUGUUUCACGUUUUAAAUAAAAAAAUUAGUUUUCAAUGUAACCUCAACCUGUCCAGGCUUUUCAUUCAUAACUUGCAAAAAACCGGACAAGUGCGAUUCGGACUCUCCCACAGAGGGUUCCGUACAAAUUUUAAUAUGUAGUAUUUGUUGUUAUAGCGGCAUCAUCUGUGAAAAUUUCAGACACACAGACGGACAGUGGAGUCUUAGUAAUAGGGUCCCGUUUUUACCCUUUGGGUACGGAAUCUUAAAAUGGAAUAUGUCCUUUAGGAAUCACAAUGGGCAGGACGAAGAUAUAAAAAUUAUCGCCAAGUAGGUAUGAUUAAUUUACCUAGUAUAGUUAUUAUUUCUUAAGUCACGAUAAAAUUAUAAAACUCAACAUGUAUUUAUUAUUUUGUAUAAUGACUAGUCAUAACAUAAAAUAAUCUUACGAAAAAUUUCGACAAAUAAAU